AUGUCUAGCGCGGACUAUCCCAUUUUACGUUUUAUUAACGAAGACCCGACGGCUGUCUCCAACAGGACCGACAAGUUCUGCUCCAUUCGAUCUCACGUAACGCAGUGGUCUUGGCGGAACGCUAGGUAUCUACCAGCAAAACAAGAUGCGGCAGUGCGAACAGCUGCCAAUGAAGACGACGACGAAACAAACAUACAGAAGAACUCAAGGGGUUCAUAUGAAGGAAGAUUGGUGACCAAACAUCGUCGCGGCCACAUGAUCCGGGGACGAGGGCGAACAAAUACAACGCGUCAUCAGCAUCGCUAUAUCGCAGAAAAAGCUUCUGAUGAAUCCGACAGAGUUCAAGAUCUGGCCAGAUCCCACGUUUCAGUCACUGAGCUCCCACUUUCAACCUCGGACAAUCUAAGCCGGGAAUGCUUUUUGGCGUUGAUGGAAAUGGACUUCUCGACCCAUUUCAAGUCCAUGUUGAUGUUCCGCUUCGAUCCUCCUUUCUGA